GGUGCGAGAUGUCCGCAGAAAUAUUUUCUAUACAUUUUUUCUGCCGUGCGUUUUGAGUAAUGUCCUUAAAAUAGAGCGUGUUUCUGACUUGGUUACUAUGAAUGUGCGCUCUGGGCGGACGAUGCAGAUUAGUCAUUUACAUCACACAUGCCCACAUGCACGUCUGUGGGUAGGUAUUUUUUCGGGGUUGCAUGUUCAUGGAUAAAAACCAACCAGCAUGGUCGUGGAUACAAAUGGAACUUUCAACCACAGCAACAUGAGAUCUUACGCGACAGAGAGAGCGGAAGAGCCUGGCGCAACUAACAUGAUUUCGGAGGCGCUCGUUCCACACUUGCUGAAGAUUGUGCAAGAGGCGGCGGAGGCGGCGUCCCCCACUUCGCAGUCUUCUACUCUGCUGAUGGAGAAUGGCACCAGGUGCGGGGAACAAAUUCGGAACUACGACAAGGUGGAGAAAGUAUUUAUUGGAGCGAUCCUCACCACGCUUACGCUGUUUACUAUCUGCGGGAACUUGCUGGUGGUGAUUUCGGUGUGCUUCGUGAAAAAGUUACGGCAGCCGUCCAACUAUCUGAUCGUGUCUCUGGCGGUUGCCGACCUUUCAAUCGCGCUGGCAGUUAUGCCGUUUGUCAGUAUAACGGACCUUAUUGGGGGGCAAUGGGUUUUUGGCCGAGUCUUCUGUAAUGUUUUUAUUGCCAUGGACGUGAUGUGUUGCACUGCAUCUAUAAUGACGCUGUGCGUAAUUAGCAUAGACAGGUACCUGGGCAUAACCAAGCCUCUGACCUACCCUAUGAGGCAGAAUGGCUGUUGCAUGGCCAAGAUGGUGCUGUCCGUGUGGCUCCUCUCUGCCUCCAUCACCCUGCCCCCCCUUUUCGGCUGGGCCCAGAACGUAAAUGACAACAAGGUGUGUCUGAUCAGCCAGGACUUUGGUUACACCAUCUACUCCACCUCAGUGGCGUUCUACAUCCCCGUAUCCGUCAUGCUCAUUAUGUACUACCGCAUCUACCGCGCCGCCAAGCUCAGCGCCGCCAAGCACACCAUCACGGGCUUCCCGCGGGUCGGGGAGGAGGCGGAGCGGGGGGAAGAGGAGGAAGCCAUGGAGGAGCAGGAGGAGGAAGAGGACAGUGUGGACUGUGUGUCGGCCGCUCUGAGGCUCCACAGGGAGGUGGAGGAGUGCACGCGAUUCUCCCGGCUCAUGAGGAGCAACCGGAGGAACAUGUCCAUCUUCAAGCGGGAGCAGAAGGCAGCAGCCACCCUGGGGAUCGUGGUAGGAGCCUUCAGUGUCUGCUGGAUGCCUUUCUUCUUACUGUCCACGGCCAGACCCUUCAUCUGCCGGGCGGACUGCCCUAGCUGUGUGCCCUUGUGGGUGGAGAGGACCCUGUUGUGGCUGGGCUACGCCAACUCCCUCCUCAACCCUUUCAUCUACGCCUUCUUCAACAGGGAUCUGAGGACCACCUACAGCAACCUGCUGCGCUGUCGUUAUCGCAACAUCAACCGCAAGCUGUCCGCCGUCGGGAUGCAACAGGCCCUCAAACUGGUUGAAAAGACUCACUCUGUUAUCUAAAUGUGACCAUGGUAUUAUUGUUGUGGUUUUGUGGCAGCUUCUAUCUAAAUGGUGUUAUUGUUGUGGUUUUGUGACAGCUUCUAUCUAAAUGGUGUUAUUGUUGUGGUUUUGUGACAGCUUCUAUCUAAAUGGUGUUAUUGUUGUGGUUUUGUGACAGCUUCUAUCUAAAUGGUGUUAUUGUUGUGGUAUUGUGGGAGUUGCUAUCUAAAUGGUGUUAUUGUUGUGGUAUUGUGGGAGUUGCCAUCUAAAUGGUGUUAUUGUUGUGGUUUUGUGGGAGUUGCCAUCUAAAUGGUGUUAUUGUUGUGGUUUUGUGGGAGUUGCCAUCUAAAUGGUGUUAUUGUUGUGGUUUUGUGGGAGUUGCCAUUUAAAUGGUGUUAUUGUUGUGGUUUUGUGGGAGUUGCCACAACUGAGAAAGUCUUAGGUCAAUGGCAUCUGCUUGCCUGGUCCUCUACUCAAGAUCUUGCAUGUCCAGACAGUCUAAAACAGGGCUCUGUCACGACUUCCGCCGAAGUUGGCUCCCCUGCCUGUUCGGGCGGUGCUCGGCGGUCGUCGUCACUGGCCUACUAGCCGCCACCGAUCCCUUUUUUCGUUUUCUGUAUGUUUUGUCUUAUUAGUUGCACCUGUGUCUAAUUGUGUGUGCUAGAUGGGCUUCCUUAUUUUAAGUGCGUAUACCCGCCCUUGUUUUGUGUGGGAUUAUUCUUGUGUUAUUUAGGUGUGUUCGUGUUCUGGACCUGGUACCCUGUGUUCUGGACCUGGUACCCUGUGUUGUGGACCUGGUACCCUGUGUUGUGGACCUGGUACCCUGUGUUGUGGGUUGGUCCCUGUGUUGUGGGUUGGUCCCUGUGUUCUGGACCUGGUACCCUGUGUUGUGGGUUGGUCCCUGUGUUCUGGACCUGGUAUCCUGUGUUGUGGGUUGGUACCCUGUGUUGUGGGUUGGUACCCUGUGUUGUGGGUUGGUCCCUGUGUUGUGGGUUGGUACCCUGUGUUGUGGGUUGGUACCCUGUGUUUUAGGUUGGUACCCUGUGUUGUGGACCUGGUACCCUGUGUUGUGGGUUGGUCCCUGUGUUGUGGGUUGGUCCCUGUGUUUUGGGUUUGUCCCUGUGUUUUGGG